CCGGAAUUCCGCAUCCUGAUGUCAAUGGGAUUGCAUUGCCUAUUCCUUGCCCAUAGGGAGCUGUUGCUGACCGGCAACCAGCUGUUGUCAAUUUUGCGCUCGUCAGAUCCAGCUGUUUUAUUCUGAACUCUGAAGGCAAGACAGACACGACAGACUGGCGAUAAACCACUAAUCGACCGCUCUGAUGCUCGGAGUUGGACGACUGCCACUUAUUUAAACACCUCGAAGAUUAGAACUAGAGAACACUCAAAGCGAGGAAUUCCAGAGUAACAGAAAUAUGAAUUUGUUUGGGGUUCUGAAUUUGGACGAACUGUCCCAUGGACUGGCUGGUCUGUCCAUGUUUCCAUACUUUGACACGGCGCACUACAUUGUCUCAGUGAUGGCGCUGCGAGAACAGCCAGGUAAGCAAAGAACAUUCAGUAGCUGGUUGAAUUUGACAGGUCUAGCUCACUACAGUAGGCUAGUUAAAACUGUUAUAAAGCUUAAUCUACUAGCCUAUUGCAUGUUUUGCUUCGUUACUUUCCAUAUUUUAAUGACAAUAAGGCAAGGCUUGAAGGCUACACUUUUUGCUUCCUUAUGACAGAAUUCAGCCUUGACACCGGACGUAUAUCCUGUACGCGUUCGAUUAAACGUGCGAGAACGUGAAACUUGAGAGAACAUUCCACACAAUUCUACAUUUUUGGCCACGUUGAAUGUUGACUUAGUCUACCAUCAUGUUUUCUUUUUCUAAAUAGCCACAGCUGGAUGGCAUAAUAAUCUUAGGGAAUGGAUUACUGCUGAACGAUGUGGGAUUAAUUUGAGAAUUGAGAUCCCUCAUAUUACAAAGUGACAUAUUUAUGCUUCAGUCCUAGCGAAAUCUAUUUAUGGUUUAUCUAUUUGCCCAGUUGAAAUUAAUAAGGUCAAGUCACACCACUUUUGCACCCUUGAAGUUUUUAAACAUGCCUCUGGAAGUUCAUAUAGUGGACAAAAUAAAUGUGUUACACACACACACAAUCCCACUCCCACAAACAUAGUGAGAUAGUGUAUUGUGCUGUAUCAGGGCGUGCGGACUAAUUACUUAAGAUAAAAACUGUAGCCUGAACUGUAUGUAACAGGAGACUUGCAGCUAUAAGAUUUUUGAUACUCAGUGCUUGAGAUGGGAGGCGAGAGAGACCCAUCAAUAAUUGAAUGGGCCUCCUCUCUGGUUCUGUUUGGGCAUCAAGACUGCCUCAAGACUCACUGAUGAAAAACAUGAACCAAAUGUAGAUAAUAACACAGAAUGUGCAAUUUAGAGAACACAAACAACUACUGUAGCGUAUUCUUCAUGAAUCACGAUAAUGUUGUUUACGAUAAGCUUAAAGGUCAAUGAAAGUAAACUAGUCAAUGGCAUGGCUGUAUUGACGUCAUAGAGAUAUUAUCUUAACAUUUAGAACAUCACAUUAUCACUGGCACUAUCCAUUGUGAUAUAGGUAGUAGCAACAGUACAGGCCUACUGUACUUCGGGUUACCUGAUACUAUGUCAAUACCUUUAUGUUUAUAUGUCACUCUUAUAGUGGCUCAGUCUAGAGACAGGUGGACUUUUACAGCUUCAAUGUUGACCUUUUCCCCAAACAAACCAGACCUGAGUUCAAAUACUAUUCAAAAUAUUUUUAAAAUAUUUUAAGCAUUUACUGUAGUCUGUCUGGAGUGCCAGAUGCAUAGUUGUAUUUUUGUGACUAUUCUAUUGGUUCCAUUGCGGCAGGCAAGCUCAAUCAAGCCCAGAUAAAGAAUUUGAAAUGAUAUCAAAUAGUACUUGAACCCAGGUCUGAAACAAACAGCAGGGUUAGAGCAGUGUGGUUUCACUGACUUCUGUGGCAUCUCAUUCCCUCUGGCCUGUCAAUACCUCAGCCUCUGCUGAUCCUAUAGCCUAUGGGCUGCAUCCCAAAUGGCACCGUAUUCCCUAUAUAGUGCACUACUUUUGACCAGGGCCCAUAGGGCUCUGGUCAAAUGUAGUGCACUAAAUUUGGAAUAGGGUGCCAAUUGGGGUACAGUCUAUAUCUCCAACAGGCUUCCUGGGUGUGAGUGAUUGGUGGAUUGAGUAAUGGAGGGGGUUGCCCUCAUGCAGUUUCCCUCUGCUGUCAACCUCCCAAAAUAUCACAGGGUCACCCAACACAUACCAAGGUCCUCAUAUAACCCCUCCUCUGGGUGUGUGGAGAAUGUGUGUGUGUGUGUGUUUGACACGAUAUGGUCAUAGCCUUGCCUCUAUUAUUAUGGCUUCUACAACACAGAAAGCCAUAGUAAUGGAAUCUACAGCCAUAUCAGGGAUCCAUUCUAGAACUCAAGCCACAGACAACACUGGAGCUUAUUAGAUUCCAAGUUCCAACUCAUCUUUCCCCCAGAAAGGAAAGGAAUGUUCCAAAAUAACCUGUUAUUUUCCCCUCUGUCUUCCAUCCUGUUCUGGCUGGCCUUUAUUUUUAGACAGCACUGGAUCUUGUCAUGAUUCCCACAAAGCACUCAGACGUUUUAAUGGAAAUAACUAGAACAUUGUAUACUUAGAGCCUCUUGAAAAGCACCACUGAUAGGUAGUUAGGCCUCUACCCUUUAGUGUUUAUUAUAGAGUUAUAAAAAAGUAAGUAUUUUUCAUGAGCACUUGUAUUUAUACAGCAGAGUUAUCUCAAGCAGUGUCCAAACACACUUCAGAGACAGGGAUUACACCACAUUCUGUUCCUUCCUGUUUGGAGAGAGAGCACGUGAAAUAUCACAGACUGGGGCCAACUCUACUCACCACAACUAACUACAUAGCAGCACAACACCAGAAGGCAGACUGCAGAGCUGUGCAGUUUCUCUCGUCUUUACUUUACACAUAACUAUCCAAGGAGGCCAGCCUGCAGCCUGACAGUGAGGUCAGAUUUGACUUGUAAAUGCCCUCUGAAUGCAAAAUCUGCUAGUAACCAAGGUCUCUCGAGGCAUGGUGGUCAUGGUGAAGUGUACAGUGUCACCUGCACAACCUAAAAAGCUAAACCUCUCUGCAGGGUUACUGUUUCGGCUGGUGUCAUGACUGAGUGCGCGAUGAGAGAUUGGAUUCCAGCAAGCAUUCCUUUUUUGGGUGUAAUUUGUCACACUGUACCUGUCCAAAUGCAGAAGUAAAGAGUUCCCAAAAAUGUCACAAUGGAAACAUUAUAAACACUUCCUAUCUUUUAUUGGGACUGUAUAUUCAACAGGCAAAUACUGUGAUUCAUGCAAGGAGAAGCACAACACUUUACAUGACGUAAUUCAAACAUUUAAGGUUUUCUCUGGGGACUCUUGAAGCAAAAACAAAAUCUUGGACACAUUCUUUUAGGCUCUCAGCAAAGUAGCAACAACCCACUCAAUGAAUAUCCCUAGCAUAACCAGUUCACCCAUUCUCAAGCUUCAAUAAUUACAGAUAUGCAGUGGAACGUAUUAGUUGACAAAACCUCUCUUGUUUGCUUAUGCUGAAUGGGUGGCAGCAGCCUUCCUUCAUUUCUGUUGCUUGGCUGGCUGUUAGUCUGUGCUGCUUUUAUAGCACUCAAGGCAUGAACUGCUUUUAAACUACAGGAAGCUCAUCACAGCUAAUUUCACACACUGCUGCUGUAUGUGGCAAAACGCACUGCUGUAGACCUUUGUGACAAAAUAACCAACUCUGUUUCUCUGCUGUCUGAUCAGUUCUCAUGAAAGAAAGAAAUCCUCUCUCUAAACACUGCUACAUUUUAACACCUACAGUAGAUGUUGUGUACACAUUUACAUACAUGUCAUUAAACUAACUAUCUGUACUAUUAUCAUUGAAGUCUUUGUAUAGGCAUAUUCAUGAAUGUUGUGCCUUUGGUUAUGUUACAGGUUACAGUAUGUUUUCCAGUAGACAGGUAUGUUAUUACUUCAUAAGUACAACUUAUUACUACAUGUCAUUACCAUAACCAUCCCAUCCACCUGCUAUAGUAAUCCAUCCAGAGUCAUACAGUAUGUAUAGACUGUAUACAGUAUAUGGCUCUGAGUAAACUCAUCUUCAGGGAUCCACUGUUGAUACAAAUCUUCUAUCCAGAAGGCUUUGUCCCAGAUCUGAUGCAUGGCUACUGCGUUUUUGUUAAUUUAUUUAUGACCUUUAUUUAACCUAGCCUAGUCCCAGAUCUGUUUGUGUGGACUUGCCAACUGUUUGGUGUGACAACUCUCAUAGGAGUUGGUAAGAGAGCACAAACAGAUCUGGGACCAGGCUAUAUUUAACCAGGUAGGUGAAAUAUUUAACCAUAACAACCUGGUAAGCUUUGUUGUGUCAGUGAUCUGGAGGAGCCAUGGUUAUACCUCUUCUCCUCCUGCUAUCACAGUGAUAUAACUGUUUACUAAGCUUGUUAAGAGGUUACUAAGACUGUUAUAGCCUUCCGUCAAUUGACUACGACCUGCUUUCAAUUGAUGGUUUGCAUGAUGGCAGUUCUUUUGAUUAGUGACGUUGUUGAUGUGCUGUAACCACGACUUCAGUUGCAACAUGAACUACCUUGCUCCAACGGCAAACACUGGCGACCAUGUAGGCUGUCAGUUCUGAUGUAUGUAUGUGUUCAGAUGGGUACUGUUGCGCAAAGCUGGCUGUCCAUUUGUAGUGAACUGUGAUGCACAAAAUACAUUUUCAUCAGCUACUGAAUGGUUGUGCAAAUGGUUGUUUGGUGACGCCUGAGAUUUGGAGUUGUGAGGAACCAUUGGUGUUUGUUUUGUGUGUAUGUGUGUUGUUUAUUUGCGUGUAUUUGGUGUUUCUUUGUGUGUGUGUGUGUGUCAACUGUGUACUGUAGCUCACCCUCUCUUGGAAACAGGUAAUCACUAAUCCGUAUUGGUGGAUCUAUGUCAUGUGAUGUUUAUUGAUGUUAUGUAUACAGAGUGCGCCAGAUGCCCUGUGAUUAAUAAUUACACUGCAGAUACUGUUGUAGUUCCUCAUGUAAAACCUCUCUCCCCUAACCACUGUUGGAUGUGUGGUUGUCUGUUGGAGUUUUGUCUAGGGGUAGCGUAGCAUUGUUGCUACCAACUCCAGACCACACAUUGCCACAGAAGAUCUGCAUGGAUUUGAUCUCUCUCUCCACUGUUUCCAAUUUAUCCUGUCAAUAAAACCCUCAAAAUACAGAAAAAAUAGAUUAUUUAUUUGAGAAAACACAACAGGAUAAACACUACUGUCGUUUAAUUAUUGAAACAAUGGGAAGAGCAUAUGUAGUUACCGUAGGCCUACUCUGCAGUCUUAUAAAGGAAACCUUAGUUGUGUUCAGGAGAUAGAACUCUAAAUAACAUGGCUUCCUAGUUGUGCUCAGGACAGGAGGCUUCCUUGCCUGCCUCUCCAGGAGUCUUUAAUCUGUCUUUAAUCCCUCAGAUUAACCAGGCUGGCACUACAGGAUUUGGUUAGCGUGGGGCUAACCUUGAGACCAGGAAGUAGACUACUUGGGAACUGGCAAAUGAAGACGAGGAAGGGCCAGAGCCUUAGUGCUAUAUAUGGCUCUGAGAAGGGCCUCAUCUGUGUAUGUCCUAUGCUCACAUGGUGGACUGGAGUGGUAGGAACUUGAUCCUGCACAUCAGCAGACUCCAUCACCAUCGUUAAUCACCACCUCCCUCCACUCAAGCCGUUUACUUUUUUACCCGCUCCAUCUUUGGUGAUCAAGUGGUAGCAACUUGAUCUUGUACUUGACUAGUAACAUUUCACCAUGUGAGCAUACUAUAUUUAGCCAUUGAUCAUAACAUUUAUUUGUCAGAAUAGGUUGGGUUUAUUAGCUUGCUUGCCACACUGUUUGUGGUGUAAUGACCUUUUGGCUGACCUGAGUGACCCAACUGCCUGUGUCUGUCCCUAAUACAUAGAAGUGUUUCUUAAUACUUGAUCCUAGUUGAUCUAGAAGUCCUUCCUUUGAGGCAGUGUCUAUAGUCUGACUGAGAGUGAAGGAACACAAUGCUGAAAGGCUUGGGAUAUGGGGUGACAAUACACUUAUCUUAAUUGAGCAGAUACCAGCACUAACCAACAAACGACGUUUGAGCUCUUAACUCUGCACUUUACUCUGAAGUCCUAGAAAACUGAUUUUCAUAUCUGUAGAAAAAUGUGUGUAGGCGAGAUGAGCACAUAUCCUAGUCCUGGGGCUGACCUGGUUCUCAGUUCUAUAUCUUCUGAAGUUAAUAUUUAAACUGCCCUGGACACAUUGUGUUAUAUGCUAUGUUGUACUUUACUUUACUUAGUUUUAGAUCAACUAAACUAACCGCUGGUGGCUGGGUUUCAGGAGCCCUGGAGGUGGCGCGGAGGAGCCCGUUUGCCUGCUGGUUCAGUUCCAUGCUGUACUGCUUCGGAGGGGGCAUUCUCUCUGGUCUCAUGAUGGCUGAGGCCCCCAUAGCCUUCCUGUCCAACAGCACCAGCGUUCUCAUGGCCUCGGUCAUAUGGUGAGUCCUCUAUUAGCUUUCAGAGCGAGAGGGAGGUAGGGGAGAGGGGACAGAGAAAGAGAGGGAGGCCCCCAUAGCCCCUCUGUCGAACAGCACCAAUGUCCUCAUGGCCUCGGUCAUCUGGUGAGUGGAGGAGGGGGGGGGGGGGAGAGAGAGAGAAGGAGGGAGGCAAGGAGAGAGAUGGAGAGAGAGAUGGGGGGAGAGAGAGCGAGGAAUCACAGAACAACAUAGCCCAACAUGCAGUGUCUCUGGGAAAGACAUUAGAAUACACACUAGAAUACUGUGUAGAUUGCAGUCAGUGGACCCUGAACCAAUGGACCAUAGAUUCUCUAUGAGGCUCUCAGUCUGGAUACACAACACAGCAGGCGAAAGGGCCGAUGAAGUCAUAUUCGUGUUGGUCAUUGGAAACUACUCAUGUUAAUGAUUGUGCUAUUUUUGGCCCGGUAAUAGGGGGAUGUCUGAUGAACCAGAGCAACUGGUGUGAGACUGAAUAAAAUAGCAUCCAUUAAACUCCCAGAUUUAAAAAACAAAAAAACAUCCACAAUGCUUCCUUUUCAAUACCGUAGUGUUUUAGUGCCCUCUGCUGGGGGGAACCCAACAUGCAUAUCCAACAUUUGCUUACUGACUGUUGAGCUGUGCUAUACAUUAUUUAAACAUGGACAUUUACAGUGGGGAAAAAAAGUAUUUAGUCAGCCACCAAUUGUGCAAGUUCUCCCACUUAAAAAGAUGAGAGAGGCCUGUAAUUUUCAUCAUAGGUACACGUCAACUAUGACAGACAAAAUGAGGAAAAAAAAUCCAGAAAAUCACAUUGUAGGAAUUUUUAUGAAUUUAUUUGCAAAUUAUGGUGGAAAAUAAGUAUUUGGUCAAUAACAAAAGUUUCUCAAUACUUUGUUAUAAACCCUUUGUUGGCAAUGACACAGGUCAAAUGUUUUCUGUAAGUCUUCACAAGGUUUUCACACACUGUUGCUGGUAUUUUGGCCCAUUCCUCCAUGCAGAUCUCCUCUAGAGCAUUGAUGUUUUGGGGCUGUCGCUGGGCAACACGAACUUUCAACUCCCUCCAAAGAUUUUCUAUGGGGUUGAGAUCUGGAGACUGGCUAGGCCACACCAGGACCUUGAAAUGCUUCUUACGAAGCCACUCCUUCAUUGCCCGGGUGGUGUGUUUGGGAUCAUUGUCAUGCUGAAAGACCCAGCUACGUUUCAUCUUCAAUGCCCUUGCUGAUGGAAGGAGGUUUUCACUCAAAAUCUCACGAUACAUGGCCCCAUUCUUUCCUUUACACGGAUCAGUCGUCCUGGUCCCUUUGCAGAAAAACAGCCCCAAAGCAUGAUGUUUCCACCCCCAUGCUUCACAGUAGGUAUGGUGUUCUUUGGAUGCAACUCAGCAUUCUUUGUCCUCCAAACACAACGAGUUGAGUUUUUACCAAAAAGUUCUAUUUUGGUUUCAUCUGACCAUAUGACAUUCUCCCAAUCCUCUUCUGGAUCAUCCAAAUGCACUCUAGCAAACUUCAGACGGGGCUGGACAUGUACUGGCUUAAGCAGGGGGACACGUCUGGCACUGCAGGAUUUGAGUCCCUGGCGGCGUAGUGUGUUACUGAUGGUAGGCUUUGUUACUUUGGUCCCAGCUCUCUGCAGGUCAUUCACUAGGUCCCCCCGUGUGGUUCUGGGAUUUUUGCUCACCGUUCUUGUGAUCAUUUUGACCCCACGUGGUGAGAACUUGCGUGGAGCCCCAGAUCGAGGGAGAUUAUCAGUGGUCUUGUAUGUCUUCCAUUUCCUAAUAAUUGCUCCCACAGUUGAUUUCUUCAAACCAAGCUGCUUACCUAUUGCAGAUUCAGUCUUCCCAGCCUGGUGCAGGUCUACAAUUUUGUUUCUGGUGUCCUUUGACAGCUCUUUGGUCUUGGCCAUAGUGGAGUUUGGAGUGUGACUGUUUGAGGUUGUGGACAGGUGUCUUUUAUACUGAUAACAAGUUCAAAUUACAUUGUGUAAUUAGUUGAGGACAGAGGAGCCUCUUAAAGAAGAAGUUACAGGUCUGUGAAAGCCAGAAAUCUUGCUUGUUUGUAGGUGACCAAAUACUUAUUUUCCACCAUAAUUUGCAAAUAAAUUCAUAAAAAUUCCUACAAUGUGAUUUUCUGGAUUUUUUUUCCUCAUUUUGUCUGUCAUAGUUGACGUGUACCUAUGAUGAAAAUUACAGGCCUCUCUCAUCUUUUUAAGUGGGAGAACUUGCACAAUUGGUGGCUGACUAAAUACUUUUUUUCCCCACUGUAAGAACCUGUCUUUGUCAAAUCAAAUCAAGCUUUAUUUAUACAGCACAUUUCAGACAUGGAAUGCAACGCAAUGUGUUUUACAGGAAAAAACUAUGAAAAAACUAUGAAAAUAAAAGCUGAAAUAUUUACUACACAACAAGCAUAAGAUAAAAAAAACUAAAUAGUGACACAAACUGAACAACUAAAAAGCACCCUAAGGAAAAGCAAAGCAAAACAUAUGUGUUUUAAGAUCUCUUUUAAAUAUGUCCACAGUUUCGGCUCCCCUCAGGUUCUCUGGCAGGCUAUUCCAGAGGCUGGGGGCAUAACCACUGAAGGCUGCCUCUCCAUGCCUCUUGGUCCUAGGCUUUGAGAUAGUUAAAAGGUCAGAGCCAGAGGACCUGAGGGACCUACUGGGUACAUAACUUAAAAGCAUGUCUGACAUGUAUUGGGGUGCACAAUCGUGAAUUGAUUUAAAAACCAACUGAAGAAUCUUAAAAUGAAUUAUAAAACUCACAGGCAGCCAGUGCAGAGACCUGAAAACCGGUGUAAUGUGUGCUCUCCGUCUGGUCUUGGUCAGUACCCGUGCUGCAGCAUUCUGUAUGUUUUGCAGUUGACCAAUGGCUUUCUUGGGUAGACCAGACAGGAGAGCAUUACAGUAGUCAAGCCUGCUUGUAGUAAAAGCAUGGAUGAGUCUCUCUGUAUCAGCCUGAGAGAGAAACGGCCGCACAUUGGCAAUGUUCCUCAGGUGGUAAAAAGCUAUUUUGUUCACAUUCCUAAUGUGUGAUUUGAAAUUUAGUUCAGAAUCUAAAAUAACACCUACGUUUUUUAUAUUUUUUGCCCAUGAAUUAAAAUGUGCGGCUAUAUUCUCUCUGUGCUUUGGCUCCAACAAUAAGUACCUCGGUCUUGUCUUGAUUUAGCUGGAGGAGGUUGUGAGCCAUUGAAGUAUUUAAAUCACUAAUACAGUCUAGUAAUUUAUCCGUGGAGCUAAAAUCCUCUGGUGACACAAAUGUAAAGUUGUUUAUCGUCUGCAUAGAAGUGAAAAUCAAUGCUGUGCUUUCUGAUAAUGCUGCCAAGGGGUAACAUACACUGCUCAAAAAAAUAAAGGGAACACUAAAAUAACACAUCCUAGAUCUGAAUGAAUGAAAUAAUCUUAUUAAAUACUUUUUUCUUUACAUAGUUGAAUGUGCUGACAACAAAAUCACACAAAUUAUCAAUGGAAAUCAAAUUUAUCAACCCAUGGAGGUCUGGAUUUGGAGUCACCCUCAAAAUUAAAGUGGAAAACCACACUACAGGCUGAUCCAACUUUGAUGUAAUGUCCUUAAAACAAGUCAAAAUUAGGCUCAGUAGUGUGUGUGGCCUCCACGUGCCUGUAUGACCUCCCUACAAUGCCUGGGCAUGCUCCUGAUGAGGUGGCGGAUGGUCUCCUAAGGGAUCUCCUCCCAGACCUGGACUAAAGCAUCCGCCAACUCCUGGACAGUCUGUGGUGCAACGUGGCGUUGGUGAAUGGAGCGAGACAUGAUGUCCCAGAUGUACUCAAUUGGAUUCAGGUCUGGGGAAUGGGCGUGCCAGUCCAUAGCAUCAAUGCCUUCCUCUUGCAGGAACUGCUGACACACUCCAGCCACAUGAGGUCUAGCAUUGUCUUGCAUUAGGAGGAACCCAGGGCCAAUGGCAGUCAGGCUACCUCUGGCGAGCACAUGGAGGGCUGUGCGGCCCCCCAAAGAAAUGCCACCCCACACCAUGACUGACCCACCGCCAAACCGGUCAUGCUGGAGGAUGUUGCAGGCAGCAGAACGUUCUCCACGGCAUCUCCAGACUCUGUCACGUGCUCAGUGUGAACCUGCUUUCAUCUGUGAAGAGCACAGGGCGCCAGUGGCGAAUUUGCCAAUCUUGGUGUUCUCUGGCAAAUGCCAAACGUCCUGCACGGUGUUGGGCUGUAAGCACAACCCCAACCUGUGGACGUCGGGCCCUCAUACCACCCUCAUGGAGUCUGUUUCUGACCGUUUGAGCAGACACAUGCACAUUUGUGGCCUGCUGGAGGUCAUUUUGCAGGGCUCUGGCAGUGCUCCUCCUGCUCCUCCUUGCACAAAGGCAGAGGUAGCAGUCCUGCUGCUGGGUUGUUGCCCUCCUACGGCCUCCUCCACGUCUCCUGAUGUACUGGCCUGUCUCCUGGUAGCGCCUCCAUGCUCUGGACACUACGCUGACAGACACAGCAAACCUUCUUGCCACAGCUCGCAUUGAUGUACCAUCCUGGAUGAGCUGCACUACCUGAGCCACUUGUGUGGGUUGUAGACUCCGUCUCAUGCUACCACUAGAGUGAAAGCACCGCCAGCAUUCAAAAGUGACCAAAACAUCAUCCAGGAAGCAUAGGAACUGAGAAGUGGUCUGUGGUCACCACCUGCAAAACCAGUCCUUUAUUGGGGGUGUCUUGCUAAUUGCCUAUAAUUUCCACCUGUUGUCUAUUCCAUUUGCACAACAGCAUGUGACAUUUAUUGUCAAUCAGUGUUGCUUCCUAAGUGGACAGUUUGAUUUCACAGAAGUGUGAUUGACUUGGAGUUACAUUGUGUUGUUUAAGUGUUCCCUUUAUUUUUUUGAGCAGUGUAUAUAAACUGAACCGUACCGGACCCAGAAUCAAACCUUGUGGAACGCCACAUGUGAUAUGUAUUUUCUCUGAGUUAUGUUCCCCAAGGGUGACAAACUCUCGACCAGUUAAAUAAAACCAAUUUAGAACUGGACCGGAGAGGGCCAACACACCUGUCCAGAAGGACAUCAUGGUCAACAGUGUCGAAUGUAGCACUUAAAUCUAAGAGUACAAAGACAGAGAGCUGUUUGGCAUCUGUGUUUGCUCUAAGAUCAUUUACCAUUUUAACUAAGGCUGUCUGUGCUGUGGUGGGCACGAAAUCCAGAUUGGAUUAUUAUAUUUUCUUAUUCAAUUUCAGUUCCCUUGUGGAUUUCAGUAGGCCUAGUGGUGUUCUGAUGACAUACACUUGAGCUAGUGUAACAGAAUAUGCAAAUAAAUUGGUAAAUCACCACACAGGAAUGGACAAUUAGCCAAUUAGUCAGACCAUUAGCCAUGCUCCAGCCUGAGAAGAUGAAUUACUGUAUAACUGGGUCGCAGAACAUGUUAAGCCUGGUCCCAGAUCUGUUUGUGCUGUAUAUGUUUACCAUGACAAUGUUGACCAUGGGAUUUGGCAAGACGGCACAAACUGAUCUGGGACCAGGCUAGAAUGUGAAAUCAUUCAAAUACACUCAAGUCAAACUGUUAUUUAUGUCAUCAUUGAGAAAACAAACACAAACCCUACAGACUAAAGUCUGACGAUUUCAUAAGUGUUCGAUGAAAAGCUUUUUAUUUUUUAUCUCCGUUAUAAGGAUGUGGAUUGGAGGAACAAGGCGUUUUGCUGUUCACUACUUCCUGAAUGUAUAUUUGCAGGGUUGUGGUUGUGGGAAGAAUUGAGUAAAAUACCGCCCUCUGCUGUCCAAAUAGAAGAUUGCUGUUAACAGACAGUAUAGCUGGGGAUUUACUACAGUAAACUGAAUGUAAACAUAGAGCUCAUUCUCAAAUGUCUACCGGUCUGUAUGUAUGUGUGUGUGCGUGUGUGCAUACAUUUCUGUUUGAGUCCUGGCUUGGAUGCAUAUGUGCGUGUGUGUGUGUGUGUAUUCUAGGUACCUGGUGUUCUACUGCCCCCAGGACGUGGUGUACUCCUGUACCGCCCUCUUCCCCUUGCGUCUGGUGCUGACGGGCAUGAAGGAGAUGACCCGCACAUGGAAGGUCCUGGGGGGUGUGGCUCAGGCACACAGCAAGUACAAGGAUGGCCUGCUGGUGAUGAUCGCUAUAGGAUGGGCUAAAGGUAGGCCUACAGUACACACAUACAUGCACGCACACACACAACAACAACAAGUACAAGAAUGGACUGCUGUUGAUGAUCGCUAUAGGAUGGGUUAAAGGUACAGUAGGCUACCACUGUUUAUAAUAUACUGUAUACUGACAAGCAUCUAUUGUAAAUGCAAUCCACACAAGCAUACAGUCUGAUAACCAUACAGAUUCUGACAACCUCUGGCCACCAUACACUAUGCUAAGGUACCACUGUUUGUGUAUACAGACAAGCAUGUGAAAUAUGCCCAUAUACACACAGAUACAUAAAACGCUCUCUCUCACAUUCAUAAAGUAUACUCAACAUCUAGUUUUGAUUUACGUUUGGUUCAGUUGUCAAACGAAAGAACGUUGAUUCAACCAGUUUUUGCCCAGAGGUACGUUGUGUGCAAAUCAAUUUGGAAAGUAAAGCCUUGUUGGUAGUCAUUCAUAAGACAGGUUUGAGGAAUGUAAUGGAUAUCAAACCCAUUACUAUUGUCGUUGUUAAUGUCCUGAGCUUUGGUCUUUACAAAAGGUUAGCUUGACACUAAUUAUGAUCCUGAAAAUGAUAGUGUAGCUGUAAAUAACAAGCAGCCCAGAUGCCUUUACACACAUUACAUUCUUAGUAUUUAUUUAGCCACAAACCUUUUAGACUAAUUACUAAAGAAUAUAAGGCUACUAGCCUGGUCCCAGAUCUGUUUGUGCUGUAUAGCAAACUCAUAUGGUUGUUGUCAUGCCAAACAGACCACUGGAGCUGGCAAGAUUGCACAAACAGAUCUGGGAUCAGGCUAUACAGGCUACUAUUGCAGCCCAGGACAAUUACAUCUCUCUUUCUCUUCAGGUGCUGGAGGAGGUCUGAUCAGUAACUUUGAGCAGCUGGUACGAGGAGUCUGGAAGCCAGAGACCAACGAGCUUCUCAAGAUGACCUAGUAAGUCUCCUCUACCAGUGCUCGUACUUGGCUCUGUAUGAUGUUGUGCACAGAAACCGAGUGAUGUAAUUGGAGACUCACUGAGUGACACAUCUGUCGCUGGCUGGCUGACUGUGUUGACUUUGAUCUGUUGUGUGAUAAGUCUGUCUUGUGGUGUCUCCCUAUUCUGACACGGAAGAGGGAGAGAGAGAGAGGGAGAGAAAAAGAGCAGGAGAGAGAGAAAAAGAGGGAGAGGUAGAGAAAGAGAUACUGAAUGCCUACCUGCUGUGACUCACAAUCUGUUCAGAACCUCAAUGGUGAAGUUACUCUCCUUUCUUGUCAUGACAUCAAAGUUGACCGCUGACCUUUGUGUUUGUGCAGCCCCACUAAGGUCACCCUGAUUGGAGCGGUGCUGUUUGCCAUGCAGCAGAACCAGUACCUUCCUGUCCAGAAACACCACCUCAUGCUGCUCUACACUGUCUUCACCGUCGUCAACAAGGUCAGUCACUGACCUAACCCUGACCCUAAACCUAUAGGACUCAUAUGUUUAUCGGACCCAGAUCAAGCCUAGACACGGACUACAAAAAGCAUACUCAAUAGACAAUCUCCACUGAAAGUGUUUUUUAAACACAGGAAUAUGCUUAUUCAUCUGGGUCUGAGAAAACAGCCAAUACAUAAUGUUUACGGAAGUCAAGCAACAUUCUCACAGCAUUAAAUAGUAGUGUUCGUCAUGUUAUUUGAAUGACCUACCUCAUCAUUAGCUAUGACUCAACAUUAGUCUUAGUGUUGCCCCAGCAGGAGAUUUUUGUUUCAUUUUCAUCUUGUUGCAUCAUUCUUUCUCAAUCCUCUCACACUGAGGUCUCCUGCUCUUGACUUCAAUAAAUCUAACCACAGGUUUUCAGAACUCUCUCAAAUGUUAAUUUUGAGUUUACCGGUCAACUCACUAAAGUUGCAUUUAAUCUGAUUAGUCAUCUGAUAAGUAAUCUGAUAAAUCAUCUGUUUACCUCCUCAUUAGUCAUUCUGUAGUAGUCAGUGGAUUCUCAUCACUCCACCCUGUCUCUCCUUUCCUCUAAAUCCUUCCAUCCCUCUCUUUCUUUUCAGACAAGGAUGAUGCUGACCGGCUCCUCUUCCUCACCCUUCGCUCCAAUCGAGUCUGUCGUAUACAGCACGUUCUUCGCCGGGCCAUCACCAUCCUCAUAUACCACCGAGACCAAGACCCUUGUAGUGAAAAAGCCGUCCACAGAUAGCUCCACAGCCACAAAGAAGAGCAUCAAAGAGGCAUGUGAGAGCCUGAAAGUAGCAGCCCCAGGCUCCCCAUCCAAGACUGCUGCACACAACAGGGGAAAGGGCUCCCCGAAGAAGGCCAAAGAGCAGCCGGAAAGCACUGAAACAGAGAGCAAUAAGAAGAGUGACUAGAGACUGAUAGCCCUUAUACUGUACUGUACUGUAUAGAAAUAUAAUCUAUAGAACGGACAGCCACGUAGCACACUGCAAUUUGACUGGUUAAUUCAUGGGUACACUUAAUAUGGCCGCCAGUCCACCCAUUGUUAGUACAUUGACUUGAAUGGGGAUGUCCAUUCUAUAAAUUAUAUUUCUAUGACGUAAUGCCCUCCUUAUCCUGGCUUGGACAAUCAACCCUCCUUAUCCCGUGACACUGUCAUCCUGUGAUAGGUUCCAAUUUGCUCACUACCUCACCCCCUUGGUCCUAACCCUUUGAUGUGUGUACAUCUGUAAGGUGUAAGCAAUAUGGUGAAAGCUUCACCACUACUUAUAUACACAUCCAGAUCCUUCAGAUCUUCAAACAUCAAAGGGUUAUGGCUAGGGUUGCAAAAUUCCUGCAACUUUCAAUAAAUUCCCUGGUUUUCCCGAAAUCCUGGUUGGAGGAUUCCUGGAAUCAAGGAAUAAGCAGGAAAUCUGGACUCCUCCAACCAGGAUUUCUGAAAAGCCAGGGAAAUUAUUGAACGUUCCAAAAAUGUUGCAACUCAAGUUAUGGCCAAGUGGGAGGAAAUUGGGGACCGGCUGAAUGAGUGCAAAUAUAAUCUAUGCUGAUUUUAAUAUAUUAUACAGUAAAUGUAUCUAUAUUUUACUAUUUAUAUUGAAACUUGAUAAUCCUUGUCUAAUUAUGCGUUGAUGAAUCUUUUGCUAAGGGAUUUUGGUGAAGAAUACUGUCCAUGAUGCUGAUCCAUGACUGUCAGCCACAAAUAUUCUGUUUUAUUGACCUGUAUUUCCUACUAUGAAAUGUUUUAAGAUUUUACAUACAGAGAGUUUAUAUAAUUAUUACUCAGAUGUUCUACUCUAUUUAUACUCAAGGAAAUGCACUUGAAUUACACAUUUCUAAAUGGAAUACUUUUUGCUACACUUACUCUUUUGUGAAUGCUUUAAAGUCUAUUGAAUGCUUCAAUAGUAAAUGAUCACAUGCACUUUAA